UCGAACGAAAUUUUAAGAUCCAAUUAUGGUUUAUUAAAUUCCGGAUCCUAAUGAGUCAUUCUUUCUUUUGUUCUCAUUGAUUUUUGAAAAAACCGGGGAAGAGUUAUGAUUAUGGUUGCUAGGGAGAAAGACCUCAUGAUGGUAAGUAUGGGUCCUCAUCAUCCAUCAAUGCAUGGUGUUCUUCGACUGAUUGUUACUCUAGAUGGUGAAGAUGUUAUUGACUGUGAACCUGUAUUAGGUUAUUUACAUAGAGGGAUGGAAAAAAUUGCUGAGAACCGAACAAUUGUUCAAUAUCUCCCCUAUGUAACACGAUGGGAUUGUUUGGCUACUAUGUUCACAGAGGCGAUAACGGUUAAUGCGCCAGAAAAAUUGGAAAAUAUUCAAAUACCUAAAAGGGCUAGCUAUAUUAGAAUGAUUAUGCUAGAGUUAAGUCGUAUAGCUUCUCAUUUGUUAUGGCUUGGACCUUUCAUGGCUGAUAUUGGUGCGCAGACUCCUUUCUUUUAUAUUUUAAGAGAGAGGGAAAUGAUAUAUGAUUUAUUUGAAGCUGCCACGGGCAUGCGAAUGAUGCAUAAUUAUUUCCGCAUUGGAGGAGUAGCUGUAGAUUUACCCUACGGUUGGAUAGAUAAAUGCUUAGAUUUUUGCUAUUAUUUCUUCCCAAAAGUGACAGAAUAUGAAAAGAUUAUACAAAAACAUCCCAUAUUGUUAAAUCGAGCACCCACCUUACACAGAUUAGGAAUACAAGCGUUUAUACCUGUUUUAAUAAAUGAACGUGCCAUUCGGUUACACCCAUUGGUUUGUGCAGGAUUUAAUGCGGACUUUGACGGAGAUCAGAUGGCUGUCCACGUACCUUUAUCUAUGGAAGCUCAAGUAGAAGCUCGUUUACUUAUGUUUUCUCAUCUCAAUCUUAUCUCUCCAACCAUAGGAGAUCCUAUUUGUGUAUCGACUCAAGAUAUGCUUCUAGGACUUUAUAGAUCAACUCUUCAAAAAAACCAGGGUAUUUAUGAAAAUAGGUACCAUCCAAAUAGCUCAAAAAAGAAGAUCGUCUCGCCUUCGUUUUAUAGCUAUGAUGAUGCGCUUAAAGCUUAUGAACAAAAACAAAUUGAUUUAGACAGUCCUUUAUGGCUCCGAUGGGGGAGAGAGAUAGAUACCUCUAUUAUUAAUUCAGUAAACCGAGAACUUCCUAUCGAAGUUCAAUAUGAAUGUUUAGGUACCUUCUAUGAAAUCUAUGAUCAUUUUCGAAUAAGAAAAGGUAGAGUGGGGGAAAUACUUAAUAAAUACAUUCGAACAACCAUUGGUCGCAUUCAUUUUAAUCGAGAAAUAGAAGAAGCUAUAAAAGGCUUGUGGACUUAUGAUAUCCGACAAGAAAUGUUACUAUUUAGAAUUUAA